CGGAAGAGGACUGGUUUUCUAUGUACAGUAGCCGUGUUGGAGAUCAGGAAUCUCCCACCCGUUUUUUUGCCCUUUUCUCCUCUUGUCCCUCUCAGUGAGCUGGUUUACAGGAUGUUCAGCAGUGGUGAGAGCAUGGGGUCAGCCUCCCCCUAUUCUUCUGACAGCCAGAUGUCUGUGGGACAGAGGGAACAGGACACUAUCCAGCCUACAACCAUCAGCAGCGCUCUGGAGUGUAUCCCUUGCAAUAAACUGGUAUCUCUCAAAUUUAUCAACAAAGGGGCUUACGGCACUGUCUACAGAGCUUCCCAUGAAGACUGGAGGGUCCUAGUGGCCGUGAAGUAUUUCCCGACAGAGCGCCACCUAGUGGAAGUAGAAAGAAACAAGAUCUUAAAGGAAGCUGAGAUUUUGCAUAAAGCCAGGUUUAGCUACAUUCUUCCAAUAUUAGGAAUUUGCAAUGAAAAUGGGAAACUGGGAAUAGUGACGGAAUAUAUGACCAGCGGAUCGUUGAACCAGCUGUUACAUGAGGAAAAUUCUUCAUUGGAAAUAGCAUGGCCAUUAAGGUUCCGUAUAUUGUAUGAAAUUGCAUUGGGUGUAAAUUUUCUGCACAAUAUGAACCCUCCGCUGCUGCAUCAUGACUUAAAGACACAUAAUAUCCUAUUGGACAAUGAUUUCCAUGUCAAGAUUGCUGACUUUGGGUUAUCUAAAUGGCGUAUGUUGUCAUCAUCAAAGUCUCUAAGUGACCAUAGCUCACCUGGGGGAACGAUUGUUUACAUGCCUCCGGAGGUGUAUAUACCAAAUGCCAAAAACAAAAGAGGAAGCGUUAAACACGACAUGUACAGCUAUGCAAUAAUCAUGUGGGAAGUACUGACAAGAAAACAGCCAUAUGAAGGAGCCAUAAACCCUAUUCAAAUAAUGUACACUGUUUCCAACGGGAAUCGUCCAGAGAUUAGUGAAGAUAGUUUGCCGGUUAAUUUACCACACCGAGAUGUAUUUAUUUCUUUAAUGCACAGUGGAUGGGCAAAGGAUCCUGACGAAAGACCAGCAUUUUUAAAAUGUUUGUUGGACCUUGAGCCAAUCAUUGGAACAUAUGACGAGAUCUCCAUACUGGAAGCAAUACUUAUGAUAAAGAAAGCCAGAAUUACUUCCAACAACAGUAGACCAUCAAGUCCAUCUGCAUCAGAGAUGUACAAUGCAACACCAGAGAAAAGCAUUCAUUCAUCUAAUGAGGAUGUACACAGAGGAGAAAAUGAGACAGCUGCAAGUCCUCAUUACAAAAUUAAUUCAAUUUUCCCAUAUGUUUCUUUACCACCAAGCCUUACAUCCACCGAGCCUUACAUCUCAAUCCAACCAAGCUUAAGCAUGCCUUUUGGUACUCUUCCAAGUUCAGAGGACUCCACACCCUUUCCAAAAUCAUUUCCCAUACAGGAAUCCUCAUCCUCAUCUUUGGCUAAACAGUGGGUCCAGCUUAGAAGACUUGAAAUUGUGAAUCAAAUGACUGAAGCUUGUCUGAAUCAGUGUCUCGAUGCCUUAAUUUCAAGAGCGGUUAUACUCAAGGAAGACUAUGAGCAAAUCAAGGCAAAAAGUACAAGGUCUUCAAAAGUUAGGCAGCUUAUUGACACAAGUGACAUUCAAGGAGAAGCAUUUGCCAGAAUUAUCGUAGAGAAGUUGAGAGACAACCGACAGAAUGAUCUUAGGCCAUUUCCACAGAUAUAAAGGCUUAUUGGGCUUAAUGUUAUUAAGAUCUUGGUUCACUUUUCUUAUCAGACUCACAAUUUUUUUUUGUGUAUUGCUAUUUUUACAGGUCUUCUAAACCGCAGACCACGAGUUAAUUUACUGAAGACAAUUGCCAAACAGGAUAAUAUUAGUGUAUCUCUACACUUUUGUAUAUAGCACAGCAUUAUCUAUGUAUCUGUCCAUCUUAGUCUAUUUUCAUAUAUGUAUACACAUACACAAUGUUUUAUGUAUGCUUUAUUA